AAACCCUAGAGUACUAUCCGCCAUGGAUUUUCCUCCGGACCAUUUUCUCUGCCCCAUUUCCCACGAGCUCAUGAAGGACCCCGUCACAAUCAUCACCGGCGUCACCUACGACCGCAAGAAUAUCGAGAAAUGGUUCUUCUCCUACAACAAGAAAACCUGCCCGGCCACCAUGCAAACCAUCUCCGAUUUCCAGCCAACUCCCAACCACACCCUUAAACGUCUCAUCCUCUCAUGGCAGAAGUCCAAAUCCUCCUCCGUUUCCUCUUCCACCUCUUCAACGAAACACGGCGAGAUUCUUGACCUCCUCGCCACAAUCGACUCGUCGCCGUUCAAGGUCAGUUCUCUUAAGAAAUUGAGGUCGAUAAUUGAGAUAGGCGACGAGACGAAGACCGAUCUGAUUCAUUCCGACGGAAUUGAAGUUCUGAUUCGGAUUCUAGUCCAGAUCCUCGUCUCCGACGUCUCCGAUUUCAUUACAUUCAGGGCAUGCGAAGAGUCUCUGGCUGUUCUUCAUCAACUUCCCUUGUGCGACGAAGGAAAGAUGUUUGAUCUGUUGUCCAAGCGGGAAUCAAUCAAAUCCAUGGCGAUCAUGCUCCAGAGAGCCAGCGCCGAGACGCGUCUUCACACGCUCUCGAUCCUCCGAAACAUGGCGAAAACCGAGUUAGAUUGGAGCUUCGUAAUCCAAGAUCAAGGAGUGGAUUUCUUCAAAUCGUUGCUGGAGUUAGUUUCCGAUGAAGUUUGCGCCAAAGCAAGUUCUUCUGCCUUGGAGGUCUUGAUAGAGAUUCUUAGCCGUUCGAAGAAAAGUCGGCUCAGAGCGAUAGAGGCCGGCGCGGUGUGCGUCCUCGUCGAGCUCCUCCCCGACGCGAACCGGCCCCAGAAAUGCGAGAAGAUCUUGCUCCUUAUUAAGCUCCUCUGCGAGUGUGCUGAGGGGAGGCUGGCAUUGGUCGAGCACGGGAUCGGAAUGGCGGCGGUUUCGAAGAAAAUGCUGUGGGUCUCGGGGGCGGCGACGAAGGCGGCGGUGAAGGUGUUGUGGCUGGUGUGCAAUUUCCAUCCGACGGAGAAAGUUUUGGAGGAGAUGUUGGUUUGUGGGACGGUGAAGAAGCUAUUGGCUUUGUUGCAUAUGGAUGAACGGUCUUCUACGAAGGAUAAGGUGGUGAAGAUCUUCAAGUUGCAUGGGAAUUCAUGGAAAAAAUACCCUUGUUUUCCUGUUGAUUUCAAGCAUUAUCUUGGAUUAUAA